AUGGCGAAAGUAAACAUUAAGAAGGUGAAGAAGGAUAGUUCAUCUUCUUCAAAAGCGCAGUCGAUAAAGUCCCAAAAAAGAGGUGUCGAAAAGUCGCACCAACAAUUUCUCGGCCUGGUUUGUAGUAAUCAGAGCAGAGAUGUAUCUGCGAUGUUUUGCUCUUUACAACAGCAAUUGCGUGUGCACAAGGGACUGUUGCAGAGUCAAGAAUUGUUUGAGUAUAUACUGGAGACAAGUGUGUACCCUCGAGAGGCAAAGCUUCUUCAAGAGAUCAGAGUUAUAACUGAAAAUCAUCCAAAGAGUCUGAUGUCAACUUCACCAGAUGCUGGCCAACUGAUAGCUCUACUUCAGAAACUGAUAAAUGCCAAAAAUACUAUUGAAAUUGGAGUCUUCACUGGAUAUUCUUUGCUCCUUACAGCACUUACAAUUCCACAAGAUGGCAAGAUUACAGCUAUAGACAUGAACAGGGAUACAUAUGAGAUAGGAUUGCCAAUUAUUCAAAAAGCUGGAGUUGAGCACAAAAUCAACUUCAUACAGUCAUCAGCCUUAUCAGCCCUGGAUGAACUCUUAGAAGAUGAUGCAAAUAGAGAAAGUUUUGAUUUUGCUUUUGUUGAUGCUGACAAAGUUAAUUAUCAAAAGUACCAUGAAAGAUUGUUGCAAUUGGUGAAAGUUGGUGGUAUAAUUGCGUAUGAUAACACUCUUUGGUUUGGGACAGUUGCUAUGCCAGAAGAGUUUGUUAAGGAAUCACAAAAGAGGAAUAGGCUUCACAUUAUUGAACUUAACAAGUUUCUAGCUAAUGAUGAUAGAGUUCAAAUUUCUCAAGUCCCUUUAGGUGAUGGAAUCACCAUUUGCAGGCGACUCUAAAGAUUCUGAGGAUCUAUCAGAAAUAAUCUAUUUAUCCUUAAAAGUUAAUGUUGAGCUUCAAGUUUAUAAUUCACCCUUUAUCAAUAUAGACAUGGGGGUAGCAAGUGUCAAAUCCAAGACCUUUCGACUAGUCUGUUAUAAUAAAAUAUUGUUGAACG